AGACAAGGAAGUGUUGCACUCAGUACAUUGUGUGUAUAUGAAGCAGCUGCACCACGGUGUUAAUGUAGCUUCUGAAAAAGCUGAAUCAUAAAGGAGCCAGCAGCGUUUAAGUGCUCAUCCUGAAUGAUAUUUGGACUUGUUGUGAGCUGUGAGGAGUGCUAUGGUGGCACAGCAGUAAAAUAAAGGAGAUCCUGAUGUAACAAAAAAGAUGGAGAAGGUGAAAGGAAUGAAGCACUUUCCUCCAUAUGGUAGCAUGGAUGAAAACACAACAGGGGACAACUGCCCCACGUGCCGUGGCACUGGCCGAAUCCCCAGAGGACAAGAAGACCAGCUCGUUGCCGUCAUACCGUGUAACGAUGUACGGCUGAAACCCAGACGCACGAAGCUGCAUGUGUGCAUCUCCAUGGGCCUGUGUCUCCUUAUUUGCUGUCUGAUCCUCUUUUUCCUCUUCCCACGGAGUGUCACCCUCACCCCAGUGUCUGUACAAUCAGUCACAGUCUACUUCAUCCCAGAUGAAGUUAAAAUGGACGUCACAGUAAGUAAUUUGAAAAUCACUCUGCUCAUCAGUAGUUUUGGUGUCACAGUAACUGAAAAACCUCCCCCAAAAGAACAAACAUCUGGGCAGCACUUAAUGUUUCCAGGCAUAGCCACUUACUGCAAGUCAAGCAGCAUCAAGAUUCACACCUUAUUUCUGGAGCUUCAAAUGACAAUGAAUAUUUCCUAUCUCUCGCACACGGAGCAGCUGUCCGUGGAGACCUUUGAGUAUAUUGACUGUGGCACCAAUUCAACAAUUCCACAUCCUGUGAGAAUAUGACUCCAGUGUACUGAAUCCGCAGUUCAUACACGAUAACUGCUCUCUGUUGUUUUAACACAUAAUAAGACUUUAAAUUAAUCACUACAGUGUUAUAAUGUAAAAAUAUUGACGCUUCAAACAUGCACGUGUGCAAAAUGCACAAAGCAUUGUGCGAAAUGAGCACAAUUUGUGAAAUGUAAAAAUUAUUUUGAAGUCAUACCAAUUUUAAAUUGUCUUUAAAUUUGUGUGUGUGCACGCGAACACGUGUGUACUACUGUGUCGACCAUAGAUCUCCUUAUUGUUUGUCAUUUGCACUUUAUUAAACUGUGAAGGUUAAUGUUA